AAAAUAUAUAUUACCGUAAUAUGUAGUGUAUGCACCCACAAUAAUACAUCGUGCUGUUUUUCUGUAUUUACCUGAUGGAUCGUUUAUUCUUCUUCUGUUUUGUAUUGCUCCUGGAUGAUGUGUUUGGUGCUGAUGUUGUAGUGAUGUCAGUGAUGAAGAGAGAUGAUGUCACUCUGCCUGUUGCUUGGCGUUUAAAGGGAGAUGAGCGGCUGCUGUGGAAGUUUAAUGACAAGGAUAUAGCAGCUAUUCAUUUAGACAUGAUACCUAGCCAAACAAAUUACCCUGAUGAGAGAUUCACAAACAGACUUUUUAUGGACCCUAAGAGUGGAUCUCUUACCAUCAACAACAUCAGAACUGAAGACACCGGAGAAUAUCAGCUGAAGAUCAAAGGCAUCAUAGAUAAAAACUACUAUCCAUUAAAGACAUUCAAUGUUACUGUCACUGGUGUGUCUGGUGAUGAUGACGUUACAGUGAUGUCAGUGAUGAAGGGAGAUUCGGUUACUUUACCUAUUAAUGCUAGUGAAAUAAAGGGAGAUGAAUGGCUGCUGUGGAAAUUUAAAAACGCAUAUAUAGCACUUAUUGAUUUAGGAACUAGCCAACCAAAUUACAUUGAUGAGAGAUUCACAAACAGACUGAAUCUGGACCUUCAAACUGGAUCUCUCAACGUCAACAACAUCACAACUAAAGACAGUGGAGAAUAUCAGGUGAAGAUCAAAGACAGACAAGAUACAAACUACAAACCAUUAAAGACAUUCAAUGUUACUGUUACUGGUGAAUAGUUUAAGUGAUUAUCUGGAUUCAAUGCCUGUAAAUAAUCUAUAAAGUCUAAAAUAAUCACAAGAUUUAUCUUUAUGUUUUAUUUGUUGAAAGACUUCAAAGGUAUUUAACAUUAAAGAGCACCUAUUGUCCGAUUCUCAUUUUUUCAUUUCCUUUGGUGUUUAAGUGUGUAUUAGUACAUGUUAACACUAUGCAAAAGGCACAAACCCCAAAGUAAAUGGUGACGCAAGUUAUCAUCUCCAACGUAAAUCUCUCUUUUUUUGGACCACAACAAACACACGGAUUGUAGGCAACAGUUUACUUCAAUAUGUCCUUGACAUGAGAGUAAAUAUGUGACAGUUUGUUAGAAAAUACAUUUAAAUAAAGUUUUGUUUCAUAUGUUAUUUACUUCUAUGUUUUCAUUUAUUGUGAUAGUUUUAUUCAUUCAUUUUUUUAUUCAUGUUUCCUGUUGUUUUCAGUAAAUAAAAGGAAAUUGCAUUAACUCAUGAAUUAAUAAUUUCUUAGCUGAAAAAAAAUUGCCACUAGAUGUCGUAGUUGCACUGUUUAUUAUUUUACUUUCGCUUUCUCCGCCAUUUUGUUCUGGUGUUGAUGUGCGUGAAUGAAUGCACGUUUUUCUUAAAUAAAAUAACGCCUGAUGUUACACAUUUAAAUGUAUUCAAUCACCUGCAUUUGUCUAGUUUGUAUUUAAGCACAGCUGUCAUCUGACAAUACACAUUAAAUUACAGUUUGCUUGUUUUACUCAUUUUUGUCCAC